UUUACACAGGGAGGCUGAGCAAGCAGCAGAGCUUCGCUAGCUUCUCCUAAUUUAAAAAAGGCGUUGUUAGAACAACCUUUAAACUAUUUUAAUAUUUUAAACGCUUAUCUUCCUUGGGAAGAGGCAGACUGUAUCGGCUGUGUAUUAAUGGAGGUACCUUCGAAAAAACCUGCAGCAGAUUCCACUCGACAAAAGGCAUCACUUCCAGCUAAAGGGUCAAGUAGGAUAGUGUCUGACACUUUGUCCCUUCCAUCAUAUAAAGCCUACCCUGCUUAUAGACCCCUAAUCAACACUCUUGUGCAUCACACGCCCCAAAUACGCUCUGAGUUCUCAUAUCAUCCACCUUUACCCACCAAAGCCUUUCCAGAGAGUAGAAGUGAAGCAAUCUUAUCCGCCUUGAGGAAUCUUCAAGAGAAGAUUAGGAGGCUGGAGCUUGAAAAAGAGCAAGUACACCUCAGCCUCAGCACUUUAGGGAAGGAUGAGCGGCGAACAGAUCAGCAGAGUAACCGUACUGCACACAGACUCCUAAAUGAUAAGGACACAGAACCGAAAGCAAGGGACCAAUUGAACUGCAACCAAGUUUUGAUAACCCACCUUGCUGCUGCAGAGGCUCGUUGUGAGAAGCUGGAGAGACAAUUGGAGCAGAUGAGGAGGAUGUUGCGCAGCACCAGGACAGAAAAGAGGAGUUUUUUUAAUCAGCAGACUUUUAUGGAGAGAGUCGGUGCAAGUAGUCAGCAGCCUGAUGAAGAGUCAGAGCAUGCACAAAUGGAAAAGCUGGAAAAACUUGAGCAGGAAUAUCUCAGACUGACCAGCACACAGAAAAAUGCAGAGAUGAAGAUCUGUGAGUUGGAGAGAAAGCUGUUAGAGGAGGAACAUCAAAGGAGGCUCAUUCAGGAAAAGGCCAACCAGCUACAGACAGGUUUGGAGGCCAACAGGAUCCUGUUGCAGUCAGUUUCCCCACAUCAGUCUGUCAGACAAUCCAAAGAGAAGAAGUCCAGCUCAAAGAGGUCUUCUAGAAAAUACACAGAACCUCACUAUCGACUGAGCCUAAAAGAUGUACCAUUUGUCACUGGAACGUCAGUGGACCGCAGCCACUCUGUCAGAGCCAACGUUCAGGCAGUAUUGUCCCUUCUAAAACGACAUCAGCCUCAUCUCUGCAACAGACAUGUCCUGUCUCUCGAUGCAAAUCGCUCUGAAACAAGCAUCCAUUCAGAAAGUUCAUCUACCUCAUCAUCCACUGGUGGAGAGGAGCUAUCUGAGCUGCUACAAGCCCUACAGGAGGAGCUGCGCUUCAUGAGUUUGCAGCAGGCUGAGUUGAUGAGGCAGGCGGAGGAGAGCAUCUCUGAAGAGGAAAGAAAAAAGCUUCAAAGGGAGCAGGAGAGGCUUUUGUUGAGAAUGGAGAGGAAAGGAGAGCAGAUCAGUAAGCUCUGUAACUGUAAAUCACAGAUUACAAAGUUAAGAAAGGAGGUUAAAUCUAGAAAAAGCAGUCGAACAGAAGAAAGACCUGUCACCAGGGGGCGCCCUGCAACAUCAACUAAAGCUCAGCCAGGAGAGAGAAGCAAAAAAAACCUGAGGCUGCUGAAGGACAUGAAAGCUCUGCAGGCCUCUUUACGGACCUAAAUCUCACCUCUUACCCUACCUCAUAAUACUGCUUUAUUAUUAAACAGUGCACACACAGCCAUUGCUUUCCAUUUUGUUUAUGGUUGGUGCCUUUAAUUGUUACAUAGCUCUUAGUCAAAAAUGAAACUAGACAGUUCCGGAACAGAAUCGUCUAACAGGGAAAAUUGGAGGCUUUCAUGUAGCCCUUAGAUCAAUUUUUGAUGUGGCUGCCAUUGAUGCACUGUAAAACAGUUAAUGGUAUUAACAGUUUACUGGCUGUUCUGUUGGGUCUUAUCUCAUUUAUCAGUGACAAACAAAGUACUAUUUAACCAGUAUAUUAUACAUGUUGCUUUGGUGUUUAAACGCUUAAAAGUGAGACAUUUUUAAAUUUAGACAAAUGGCUGUUUGCAACACAUUCCCCUGGAUUUCUAAACAGAACGGAGUUUACUUGGGUUUAACAUCAGUACCAAACAUAAGCUCUGAUUUAGCACACCAUAUACCAUUGUCACAUGAUUCAUUUUGGUUACUGAUAAAUAUGCUUUUAAACUGCAUGCUGUAUUUUUU